AUUUAUUAGGAAUCGAUUCACAUGGAACAUCCCUAUUUCAGCGCGGCUGCUCGGAGUGUUCGUGAAGUUCUUCGAAAUGUGGUUAUGUUUGAAUUUGCCGAUUGUGAAAUUGUGAUUACCGUUGAAUCGCCGAAUGUAGUACCGAGUACCGAUUAUUUUUGGUGUGUUAAGUUAAAAGCGGGCUUCUUUCCUCUGUUUGUUUUCAUUCAUAGUUCAAAAAUUCUUGUAAUAUUAAAACAAACUGGAUUGAAAAUGAAAAGGAGCUACGGCCACGAAGAUAUCCGAAAUUUCUUUAAAAAGACUGUAACGGUUGAUAAUAAUUCUAGUUCCAGUGAAGGUCUCAGUUUCAGUUGUUGUUACUCUAGUAGUUCUAGUACUGUUGAAAUAUCAAAAAAACAAGACCCCGAAUUAAGUAAAAUUAGGGCUGUGCCUGUGGUAAGCGAGCAAAACUAUGAUUCAGAUGUUGUCGGUCUAGGUCUUAUUAGUGAUUUAGAUAUUGGAUACGCGGUAGAAACAGAUAUUAAUUUGGAUCGUAGCAUGCGAUAUAAGCUUCUAAAAAGUGCAUGGAGACCAACAAAUAAUUAUCAGUUCCCAAUGAGAAAGGAAAAAAAACAAAAUCGAAGAUUCAAUAUCGACUGGUUGAGCAAAUUCAAUUACUUAUCAUAUAGUAAAUUAAAAGAAGGUGUCUUUUGUAGAUUAUGUGUACUUUUUGCACCUUCUGGAGCUGGAGUGGGUUUUCAGACUCUCAAGGUUUUGGUCCGAGAGCCAUUACAGAAAUACAAAGACGCUAUUAAAAUAUUUGAGGAACACGCCAAAAAACAAUACCAUCUAAAAAGCCUGGAGCGUGCUGGAGAUUUUAUAAAAAAUUAUGAAUCCAGUAAGGAUGUUUGCAUGAUGCUGGAUAAGGAAGUAGAUAGUGUUAUUAAAAGAAACAGAGAGAGACUCAUUCCAAUUAUUAAAACAAUAAUUUUUUGUGGAAGGAAUAAUCUCCCGCUAAGGGGGCACCGAGAAGGUGGAAGCUUAGAUUCUGAAGACAAUAAAAACAUACUAUCUGGCAACCAAGGCGUAUUUAGAGCUCUACUUGCUUUUAGAAUUGAUUCUGGAGACACUACUCUAAUGCAACAUUUUCAAAAGUGUGGGAACAACAGCAUGAUGAUAAGUGGAAAAAUUCAGAAUGAUUUAAUAAGUUCCAUCGGAGAAGAAGUGCGAAGUGUUAUUGUGGAAAGGAUCAAAAAAGCUUAUUGUUUCACAGUUUUAUUAGACGAAACCACAGAUUGUUCUAAAAAAGAACAGUUAACAAUUUGCGUAAGAUAUGUGGAUUUGCAGGCUUUCAUUAUUCGUGAGGAAUUCUUAGGUUUUGUGGAAAUGAAGUCAACCACAGCUAAAGCCAUUACGGACACAUUAUUACAGGAACUAACAAAUAUGGGACUGAGUCUGGAAAAUCUUCGAGGUCAAGGUUAUGACGGAGCUGCGAAUAUGUCCGGAAGUUUUAAAGGUGUCCAAGCACUAAUCCGGAAAGAGCAACCACUGGCCUUAUACACUCAUUGUUUUAAUCACUCGCUUAAUUUAGCUGUUUCCAAAUCAUGCGAUUUGAGUGCAAUUAAAAAUGCGAUGGGAAUUGUAGCAAGUGUUUCUACAUUUUUAAGUGGUUCUGCAAAACGAGUUAAUAUGAUGAAUGAGAUAAUUGAUGAACAAGAGGCCAUCUCAGAAACUAAGAGAAGAAAACUGAAAUCACUCUGUGCAACACGAUGGGUUGAAAGGCAUGACACAUUAAUCACCUUCAAAGAUUUAUUGCCUGUUAUUGUCAUAGCCUUACAACAAUUGGAAAACGAUAAAGAUAACGAAACUUCGCGAAAUGCAAUGUGCUAUGGUUCGUCUAUAAAAAGAAGCGAUUUUUUGGUUUCCCUAUGGGUCACUGCUUAUUUAUUCGAAUAUUCAGUAACAUUAAGUACUGUUCUUCAGACCAAGGACUUAGAUAUUUCUGCAGCUUUGGAUAAUGUGACGACUUUAAUAAACACAUUUAAGGAUUUAAGAUCUACCUCAGAAGACAUAUUCAACAAAAUAUUUGUUGAUCUUGAAAACUCGUCGGAACGUCUUGGAGUAGAAAUUAAAAUUCCAAGAUUAUGUGGAAGACAAACCCAAAGGAAUAACGUGGAAGCAUCCACUACCAAUGAGUACUUUCGUAAGUCUAUAUUUAUUCCAUUUUUAGACCAUUUCAUUGAAGAGCUCAAAUCAAGGUUUAAUGAUAGAUUGGCAGAAGUAAUUCCGUUAGAAGGAUUAAUUCCUGCAAAAUCUUCCAAAUAUAAUAUAGGGGAAAUUGUAAAAGCAGCCAUGUUCUAUCAAUCGGAUCUAAACGUUAGUGAAAAUCAGCUUCAUGCUGAAAUAACAAUGUGGCAUAAAAGAUGGGAUGAUGAAACAACUGUUAUUCGUCCUUCUGCAGCAGUGGAAGCCUUAAUGUAUUGCACCGAUUUUUUUCCACUAAUCAGGAUCCUGUUAAACAUCUUUGCCACUCUUCCUGUCACAACUGCAACACCUGAGAGAAGUUUUUCAACAAGCAAACGCCUUAAAACAUAUCUACGUUCAACUAUGUUGAAUGAAAGAUUUUGCGGCUUGGCUUUGUUGAAUGUUCAUAAAGAGGUCGAUAUUGAUCAUGAGAAAGUCAUUAACAAAUUUGCUUCGAUGAAGCCAAGGCGUAUGCAAUUAAAAGAUUGGUCAAGUACUGACUAA